UACAAAUGGAUGUUACAAUUGAACAAUUUUUUUUAGAGUUUGUUGAAAAUAAUAUGUUAAAUGAACAUUUGGCUCUAGCUGAAAAAAUCGAAGCACAAUGUGAAAAUUCAAAAACUACAGUUAAUCAAGAUGUUGAUCUUGAAUACAUAGAAUAUUUAUGGGAAUCAGUACUUGAAGUAGAUGAUUCAUUAGCACCAGAAGAUACAUCUAAGAAAUAUAUUGAAAAUAAAGAGGAAAAUUUUCUUAAAAAUUUUUUAGUAACAAUUGAUUAUACAUGUAGCACAACAUUUUAUAGAAUUACAGAUCUCACAAAAGCUAGUUCAUCCUUAUUUAGAAAUGAUAAUAACUGCAACAUAGAUAAUGACGAAGUUGAGCUUCAAAAUAUAGAUAAUAAUAUAAAUAGUGAUGAUAACUAUGAUGACGAUAAUAUAGAAGAUGGUGAAAGGUCUGUUGAUGCAAAGUUUGCUAAUGAAAGUUCUGUCGAUGAAUUGUUUACAGAACUACAAAACACAGAAAAUAGUUUAUCUUUAGAGACAUUGUUCAAACGGGUAUUUGUUAAUGCCAAGCUUACCUGUGUGAUACCAAUAGAAAUUCUAUACUUUUAUUCUCAUCUUUAUCCAGAUGUUUGCUUCCAGUGUGGUGAUACAGAAAUCUUUUCUCCAACUCCUGCUAGUGAACAACCAUAUUGCUCUGAAUGCUAUACUACAAUUAAAGCUAAAAAAAAAAGGCCAAGAAGUUAA